CCUCCCAGUCUCACUGCGUAUGCGUGGCUCAGGGAGCGCGCAGCGCGGCGAUCACCGAUCACAGAAAGAGCCGAAGAUCUCGGCUCGGUCAUGUGAUCAGCCGUGUCCAAUCACAGCUGAUCACAUGGCACUGAUGAUCAGUGUGCCCUAUGAUCAGUGUAGCCCCAGCAGUGCCACCUGUCAGUGUCCAUCAGUGCCUUGUGUCAGUGCCCCUCAGUGCCACAUCAAUGCCACAUAUCAGUGCACAUCAAUGCCACAUAUCAGUGCCCAUCUGAGCUGCCUUUCAGUGUCACCCAUCAGUGCCAGUCAGUGCCACCUAUCAAUGCCAAUCAGUGCCAACUAUCAGUGCUGCCAAUCAGCGCCACCUAUCAGUGCCAGUCAGUGCCACCUAUCAGUGCCACUCAGU